AUGGAACCCCAACGCAACUCACUCAGUAUGAUAGAACAACUACAAAAUAUGAAUAACAAUAAUUCUAUUAGUAGUCUUGAAGAUAAAGAAGAAGUACAGGAGGACAAAAAAGAAAUAAAGGAAGAAAAAGAAGUACAAGAAGAAAAAAGAGUGCAAGAAGAAAAAGAAGUACAGGAAGAAAAAGAAGUACAGGAAGAAAAAGAAGAAAAAAUAGAAGAGGUAGAAAAACCAACGAAAGAAACGGGGCAAAACCAAUUUGAAUGCCUAAUUUGUCUUGACACGGCACACAACGCAGUUGUUACACAGUGUGGACAUAUGUUUUGUUGGGAGUGUUUACGAGAAUGGCUUAGUCGACAAGAGACAU